AUGGAUGUUGAUGAACGAGUGAGGAUCACAAAGGCAAAAUAUCCAACGUUGAAGGAGUUGAAAUUGGGGGUGUUGAAAGGUGAAUAUAAUGACAAUUGUGAAUAUUUCACUAGAGGGUUUUUAUGGAAAACUGUUUGUAUGAAUUCAUACAAAGUGGAUUUUUUAGAGAAUGAACUACAACCAAUACCUAAACCUGGGGAAGCCAUGGAGUUAUCCCACACAAAGCAAGAUCUCACCAAAGAAGCUGUAAGCAGUGAUCCAUUAUCUACAGGUUAUAACAGUGAAGAUGCUGACAACAUUUUGGAUGUGAUUAAAAUGGAUGUUGAUAGAUUGGUAAUUGAUCCGAUCUUCCAAAAGGAUGAGAUUAAAGAUGAUAUCAUUCAGAUAUUAUACAAUUAUGAUAAGUUCACACCUUAUAAACAAGGUUUCCAUGAAAUUUGUGGAUUGAUUUACUUGGAGCUUUAUCGUGAUAAUAUAAAUAAUGAAAAAAUUAAAAUUGAGACCUUCAAUAUCUUUACAAGUUUAAUGUUGAGUGUUGUGCCUAAUUUUUACAUUGAAGAUAACUUGAUUGGAUGGUGUAUUUCCAUCUUCAACAAGUAUUUAAAGCUAACGGAUAGUGCAUUAUAUGAUUUUUUCAUCAAGACUCACAAGAUUGAAAGUCAAAUAUGGUUAAUCAGGUGGGUUAGAUUAUUGUUCAUGAGAGAGUUAGGGAUCUCAAACACAGUCAAGAUCUUAGACAUGUUUCUCUGUUUUGACUAUGAUAUAUCCAAACUUGUUCCAUUUGUGAUUAUAAUAUCAUUAAUCAAGAUCAAACUCAGAUUAGUUGAGUGUGAAGACAAUGGUGAAGUGUUGACCUUGUUAUUGCAUUAUCCACAUAAGGAAUUUACUAAUGAGGAAAUUAAAGAGUUGGUUGAUUUAAGUAUUAAGUUACACAAAGCACCAGAAAAUAAGCUGGGAGAGUAUGGUAUAGCAUUAAAUAAGAGGUUUCAUAAGGGGAUUAAUUGGGAGAAGAUGAAGGAUAUCGAUAGAGUUAGGAUGGAGUUAAGACUACAAAGAAAAGUACGGGGCAUGCUGAAGAUGAAGUGAUCAGAGAGGUGAUCAUUAUAGACUAAAGAAUUAGAGUAAUAAGCAUAUGAUUCAUGAUUUAUGACUUUCUUUAACGUAAUUUUAAUUGUUGGCUGUUCUGUACGCACUAGCCAAAUUAAUCACACAAUAAUUUUCGCUUCGCACAGACACAAUUCAGGAC